AUGGGCCACUCGAUUCACAAGGUUGACGUCAGCAAGCCUCUCAUCUACACAUCGCCAUACACACAGCCUGCCAUCUACCCUGGUUCUCCAGGGCUUCUUGGUGCAAUUGGUGAAAGUGGACCAGAAGGGCCACGCGGGGUGCCGGGGCCUCAAGGACCUAAAGGAGAAAAGGGCCACCUUGGAAUUAAAGGACCACCAGGGUCCAAAGGAGACAUAGGGCGGAUGGGAGUGCCGGGAUUUAAAGGAAGUGAUGGAGUUCCUGGUCACCCGGGUCAGCAGGGUAGUAGAGGACCACCGGGAAAGGACGGCUGUAAUGGGACGAGAGGGGAUCCUGGUCCUCCCGGCUUUGGAACAGGACUACCAGGGUUCCCUGGUUUUCAAGGGCCAAUUGGGCCAAAGGGUCAGAAAGGAGAGCCUGUAUACAUCUCGGAUAGUGGCGGUCCGGGUUUACCUGGUCCUCCAGCACCUGACGGCCUACCUGGUUUUAUAGGUCCUGACGGUCCACCUGGUUUCCCCGGUCUAAGAGGACCUGAUGGAUUUCCUGGCGAGAUGGGUUUUCCCGGACCCAGUGGUUCUCCAGGUGACGGGUCUCUAAGUGGCGAAAAACCUGUCACUAUCUACAAAGGAGAUAAGGGUGAUCCCGGUCCAAAGGGAAUCCAAGGUUACCCUGGAAAUCCUGGACCACUUGGACCUUUUGGUUUUCCUGGUGAAGUUGGAGAGAAGGGCAUUCUCGGAUAUCCCGGACCACGAGGGUUUUCAGGUUUUACCGGACCUCCCGGUAUUCCAGGAACACAGGGAAUGAGUGGUGACCCGGGUUAUAUUGGCCACCCAGGGUACAUAGGACCUAAGGGAGAGCAAGGUGACUUUGGACCCCCAGGACCUCCAGCUUAUGUCAGUGGCAUUGGCACUUCUGUCCAAGGACAUCCAGGGGAUGCGGGUUAUAGUGGUCUGCCGGGUAACCCUGGUGACAGAGGAUUUCCAGGAGAACCUGGACGUCUAGGCCCACCGGGUCGUUUUGUUAUAGGUUCUCCAGGAUCCCCUGGUUUUCCAGGUGGCAGAGGCCAAAAAGGUGAGAAGGGUAGCCCGGGCAUACAGAGCUAUGGCCCUGAAGGAUUCCCUGGCCCCCCUGGAUCCACUGGGCCUCCUGGACUUCCUGGACCUCCCGGCUCUUCUGAUUUUUCUAAUGAACUUCAAGGUCCUUCUGGACAACCUGGACUGCCUGGUCCCCGAGGAGAGCCAGGUUUCAUAGGGCACAAAGGCUAUAAAGGUGACUCUGGAGAUUGUGAUUGUGUAGGAGGAGGAAGCUCUGUGGCAUUGCCUGGACCACCUGGACCUCCAGGAGCCAAUGGCAGCCCAGGCCUCACCGGACGGACGGGUGAGCUUGGUUAUCCUGGUUCUCCUGGUUUUAAUGGUGCUCCGGGCCCUCGUGGUCGUCCUGGUGAGAGAGGCUUCUUCGGUCUGAAGGGAGAGAAGGGGGAACCGUACUAUCCCAGUGCAGGUUUUGGGGUGAAAGGAGAGCAAGGGGCCCCUGGACCCAGAGGACCCACAGGGGAAACAGGAAAACAGGGCAGAGAUGGUCGACCUGGCUUUCCUGGAGUCCAAGGGCUCCCGGGUGAUGGCGGUGUUGGCUCGAUUGGUGAGAAGGGUUUCCCAGGAUUCCCAGGAGUCAAAGGUCGACCCGGAGGCCCUGGUGAGCCCGGCGUUGGCUUCGCUGGUGCACCUGGACUUCGUGGAGAACCCGGAGAUCCUGGUAUCCAUGGAAUCCCAGGGGAACCAGGUCUACCUGGACCGAAGGGUGAAAACAGCUGUGGAGGGGUUAAUGGCACCGGAGAGGGAACGGGUGACAGGCUGCCAUGUACCAUACCUGGUGAAAUUGGAGAGUAUGGACUUCCUGGUUCUCCUGGACAACCAGGCUCUAAAGGUGAAAAAGGUUUCCCAGGAAGUCCUGGACGUCCAGGUUUUGACGGCACCAAAGGAGAGAGGGGAGAAUCUGGCUUUGGAGGCCAACCUGGAUCACAAGGUUUUCCUGGACCCAGAGGGGACCCUGGAAUUCCAGGUGUUCCAGGACAGAGUUUGGAUGGACCUAGGGGGAAGGAUGGUUUUCCAGGACUUCCUGGACCCAAAGGGCAACCUGGAGAGGUUCUUGGAGCCACUCCGGGAACUCCAGGACUGGAUGGCCGACCUGGAAUGGAUGGAAACAAGGGCCAGCCAGGGACACCAGGAUCACCUGGAGCUCCUGGUUUCAAUGGACCCUUCGGUUCUCCUGGUUUGAAGGGAGAGCGUGGCGUUGAUGGUUUACCAGGUAUUCCUGGUCUUCCUGGACUUCCAGGUGAGGCUAUCGGUGCCAUUCCCGGUCCGCCUGGACCUUCCGGAAGCAAAGGAUUGAUUGGACCUCCAGGCUGCCCAGGAUACCCUGGUGUGAAAGGAGGAAGAGGGGACCCAGGUUUCCCAGGACCUGCUGGAAUGAAAGGAACCCCAGGACUUACUGGCUUCACUGGAACACCAGGACUAGUGGGACCUCCUGGUCUUCCAGGACCAGGAACUAGAGAGGGCAACCCAGGAUUACCGGGAGUAAAGGAGAAAAGGGCCCUCAGUAAGCUACUAUCCACCAUGGACAAUGCUGAUCAUCCUCUGCACGGCACCAUCAUGAAGCAGAGGAGCUCCUUCAGUGGUAGACUGCUGUCCCAGCCCUGCUCAAUGGACAGAUUCAGGAAGUCCUUUGUCCCUCAAGCCAUCAGACUGUUCAGCUCCUUCCCGUACAGUCAACGAGGUUUGCCAGGACUGAUGGGCUUCCCUGGUCUACCUGGUCGCGCAGGACUUCCAGGAUUUUCUGGAGUGAAAGGACAGCCUGGCGUGCCUGGUAGAAAUGGAUCACCCGGGAGGUCUACAAUCUUCGGACCGAAAGGGGACAGAGGAUCUCCAGGUCCACCUGGCAUUCCUUCUCCAUCAGGGAUCUUGCAGAAAGGUGAUGGAGGAGAACCUGGUUUCGUAGGCCUUCAGGGCUUCACGGGACCCAGAGGUGACAAAGGUCUGCCGGGUCAGCCUGGUCGAGAAGGUCGGCCUGGUCUUCCUGGUUUUCCAGAUCAGAGUAAAGGACAGCCUGGAGUGCCAGGGUUCUCUGGGUUGCCUGGACUUCCAGGCUUCUCUGGACCAAAGGGAGACUUUGGAAUCAUGGGAUUUCCUGGCAUGCCAGGACCAACUGGGGAUGACGGUGCACCAGGGUUCCCUGGCAACCCUGGAGAACCUGGGCGACAUGGUCUCAAAGGUCCACCUGGAGAAGCUUUUGGUUUUCCUGGAACACCAGGACUUCAAGGCCAGCCUGGAGAUCCAGGUUUACCAGGUGCUCCAGGCAACGAGGGCAGGCCUGGGGACAGCGGCGUUCCAGGAAGUCAGGGUUACUUUGGAGCAAAAGGUGCUCCUGGCCAAAUCGGACGGACUGGACUAAUUGGCUCGCCUGGGUUCCCUGGGCAACGUGGUCAGCCAGGAUUCCCAGGGAGAAGAGGAUCAGAUGGGUUUCCCGGUCCAACUGGGACCCCUGGGGUUCCAGGGAUCAAAGGUCUUCCUGGAGCUUCUGGUUUGGAUGGACUUAAUGGCCUUGCUGGUCCCAUAGGGCUUCCAGGAACCAAAGGUGCAGUUAUAGGUGGUCGCCCUGGGGUUCCUGGUAGUCCUGGGUUGAAGGGAGAAAGAGGUGUGACCUACCCUGGAGUACCAGGGUUCCCUGGCUCAAAGGGACAGAAAGGAGAACCAGGUGUUCCUGGUCUAGCUGGGUUCUCUGGACUGCCUGGACCCCCUGGUAAACCAGCAGAGUCGUUCUUUCCUGGGCCUGCGGGAGACCCCGGCCUUCCUGGAUUGGAUGGAAAUCCUGGUUUUCAGGGUCCUCCAGGUCCUCCUGGACCACCUGGUCCAGGCACGCAACAGGGGGACACAGGUGAUCCAGGACUCCCAGGCUUCCCAGGAACCCCUGGUAUGAAGGGAGAGGCAGGAUUCCGUGGAAACCCUGGAAUCCCUGGAAACUCUGGUUUCAAAGGACCUCUUGGUGAGAGUGGUUUCGAUGGACGUCCUGGCAUCAAGGGUCAGCCUGGAGAACCAGGCAUCUCUGGAUUUAAAGGACGCCCAGGACAACAUGGUCCCAAGGGUGGUCCUGGCUUUCCAGGCAGCCUUGGCAGAAUUGGUUCAGCUGGACCUGCUGGGCCACUUGGUGAUGCUGGACCUCCUGGUUUCCCUGGACUGACUGGACAACAAGGCCCCCCAGGUGCAGCGGGCCGACCCGGUCUGCCCGGUGGUGUCGGCCGCAGCUUCAGCGUUGGCUACACUCUGGUGACGCACAGCCAGAACUCCCAGGUUCCCAUGUGUCCUCAGGGGAUGGCCAAACUGUGGGACGGAUACAGUCUGCUGUACGUGGAGGGACAGGAGAAGGCUCACAACCAAGACCUCGGUCAGCCAGGUUCAUGCCUCCAGAUGUUCAGCACCAUCCCCUUCCUCUACUGUAACCCCUCGGAGACGUGCUAUUACGCAAGCCGCAAUGACAAGUCCUACUGGCUCUCCACAUCUGAAUCCAUUCCCAUGAUGCCUGUGGCCGAGGAGAAUAUACGACCGUACAUCAGCAGGUGUUCAGUGUGCGAGGCUCCCUCUCAGGCGGUGGCGAUCCACAGUCAGGGCUCGUCCAUCCCCAUGUGUCCCCGCGGCUGGAGGAGUCUCUGGAUAGGAUACUCCUUCCUCAUGUGUUUCCUCUACAUGGACUGA